UGUCGCACCCACGCCACGUCAGCUGGCACUAGCUCGCUCCCCCACUGGCUACUCCCUGCUCAGCUGAGCUCGGCCGCUCAUGUCGCCGUCGAACACCACCUGCCUCUCUCUGCUCCCCGUCGUCUUGCUCCUCCUCGUCGUCGCGGGCGGGCGCAGCUCCCAGCGCGCCGCCGCCACCAGCAACCGCGAGGCGCUGCUCGCCGUCAAGAGGAAAUGGGGCGGACCACCGCAGCUCGCGUCCUGGGACCCCGCCGCCGCCCCCGACCACUGCAACUGGACCGGCGUCACCUGCGCCACCGGCGCCGGCGGCGGGGCCGUCACGGGAAUCACCCUGUCCGGCUUCAGCCUCACCGGCUCCGUUCCGGCGCCCGUGUGCGCGCUCAAGAACCUCACCCGCCUCGACCUCGCCUACAACAACCUCACCGGCGCCUUCCCCGCCGCCGCGCUCCAUGCCUGCGCGGCGCUCCGCUUCCUCGACCUCUCCAACAACCAGUUCUCGGGUCCCCUCCCGCGCGACAUCGACGGCCUCUCGCCGGCGAUGGAGCUCCUCAACCUCUCCGUCAACCGCUUCGACGGCGAGGUGCCGCCCGCGGUGGCGCGGCUGCCGGCGCUCAAGUCCCUGCUCCUCGACACCAACCGCUUCACGGGCGCGUACCCGGCGGCCGAGAUAAGCCAGCUCGCCGGGCUCGAGGUCCUCACGCUGGCCGACAACGCGUUCGCGCCGGCGCCCGUGCCCGCGGAGUUCGCCAGGCUCACCAACCUCACCUACCUCUGGAUGGACAACAUGAACCUCACCGGCGAGAUCCCGGAGGCCUUCUCCAGCCUCACGGAGCUCACGGUGUUCUCCUUGGCAUCCAACGAGCUCACCGGCGAGAUCCCGGCCUGGGUGCUGCAGCACGCGAACCUUCAGAAGAUCUACCUGUUCAGUAACAACCUCUCCGGCGAGCUGCCGCGCAACGUCACGGCGAUGCGCUUGGUGGAGUUGGACGUGUCGACGAAUCAGCUCACCGGGGAGAUGCCGGAAGCCUUGGGCGACCUCAAGAACCUCGCCUUCCUAUCUCUCUACAAAAACAAGUUCACCGGCGCGAUCCCGGCGAGCAUCGGGCUGCUACCGCGGCUCGGAGACAUCCGGAUACAGGACAACCGGUUCUCCGGCGAGCUCCCGCCGGAGCUCGGGAAGCACUCUCCGCUUGGCAACCUCGAUGUGGGCAACAACAAUCUCUCCGGCCCGCUGCCGGAGGGGCUCUGCGCCAACGGAACGCUCUACAACAUCGACGCCUUCAACAACAGCUUCUCCGGCGAGUUCCCGGCGCAGCUCGGCGACUGCGCCACGAUAAACAACCUCAUGCUCUACAACAACCGCUUCUCCGGCGAAUUCCCGGCGAGGAUAUGGUCCUUCCCGAAGCUGACCACGGUGAUGAUCCAGAACAACAGCUUCACCGGCACGCUGCCGUCAGAGAUCUCCUUCAACAUCUCACGGAUCGAGAUGGGAUACAACAUGUUCUCGGGAUCCGUCCCGACGUCGGCAACUGGGCUGCUCACUUUCCUGGCGGAGCACAACCGGCUUGCCGGGGAAUUGCCGUCUGACAUGAUCAAGCUCGCCAAUCUUACCGAUUUCUCGGUGCCCGGCAACCAGAUCACUGGCUCCAUUCCAACAUCGAUCAACCUGCUGCAGAAGCUCAAUUCCCUCAAUCUGAGCGGCAACCAGAUAUCCGGCAUGAUACCGCCGGGGAGCAUUGGGCUGCUCCGGGCGCUGACGAUCCUCGAUCUGUCCGGCAACGAGCUCGCCGGCGGCAUACCGUCGGACAUGGGCCAGCUGCACUUGACCUCGCUCAACAUGUCGCUGAACCGGUUCACCGGCGAGGUGCCGCCGUCGCUGCAGAUCCCAGCUUACAGCCGGAGCUUCCUCGGCAAUGGCCAUCUAUGCGUCAGCGCGGCGGACUCGGGCACAAACCUCCCGACGUGCCGGGACGGCGGCGCCCGCGGCGAGCUGUCGCGGGUCCUGAUCAUCCUCUUCUCGUUGCUCGGCGGCGCCGUCUUGAUGGGCUGCGUGGGCGUCGCGUGGCUGCUCCUCCGGCGCCGGAGGGAGAGCCACGAGGUGACGGACUGGAAGAUGACGGCCUUCACCCAGCUGGACUUCACCGAGUCGGACGUGCUGAGCAACAUCCGCGAGGAGAGCGUGAUCGGCAGCGGCGGGUCCGGGAAGGUGUACCGCAUCCACCUCGGCGGCGGCGAGGAGGGCGGCCGGACGGUGGCCGUGAAGAAGAUCUGGAGCUCGAGGAAGGUGGACGAGAAGCUGGACAGGGAGUUCGAGUCGGAGGUGAAGGUGCUGGGCAGCAUCCGCCACACCAACAUCGUCAAGCUGCUCUGCUGCAUCUCCAGCCAGGAGGCCAAGCUGCUGGUCUACGAGUACAUGGAGAACGGCAGCCUCGACCGGUGGCUCCACCACCGGGACCGCGCCGGCGCGCCGGCGCCGCUGGACUGGCCGACGAGGCUGGCCGUCGCCGUCGACGCCGCCCGGGGGCUCAGCUACAUGCACCACGACUGCGCGCAGCCCAUCGUGCACCGCGACGUCAAGUCCAGCAACAUCCUGCUCGACCCGGACUUCCAGGCGAAGAUCGCCGACUUCGGCCUCGCCCGGAUCCUCGCCAAGUCCGGCGAGCCGGAGUCCGUGUCGGCCAUCGGCGGCACGUUCGGGUACAUGCCUCCAGAAUACGGGUACAGGUCAAGGGUGAGCGAGAAGGUGGACGUGUACAGCUUCGGCGUCGUCCUGCUGGAGCUGACGACCGGCAAGGUCGCCAACGACACCGGCGCCGAGCUGUGCCUGGCAGAGUGGGCGUGGCGGCGGUACCAGGAAGGCCCUCCGUUGGACGACGUCGUCGACGUCGAGAUCCGGGGCGACGCGGCCUGCCUGCAGGACGUCUUGUCCGUGUUCACGCUCGGCGUGAUUUGCACCGGGGAGGAACCCCGGGCGCGGCCGUCCAUGAAGGAUGUCCUGCACCAACUCGCGCGGUGCUGCCGGGUGCCCAUGCCCACAGAGGCGGAGAACUGCAGUAGUGUGGAGUAGCAGCUCAUGGAGGCCAGUCCGUGUUUAGAUCUGAAAUUCAAAAUUUCAAAACUAUAUGGCGGCCUUGUUUAAGUCUAGAAUUUCAAAAUUUCAAAACUAUCUUGCGGCGAACACAAGGAGAAGCUUUGAGGAGGCGGUGGGAGCUUGGGGAAAGGCAGCGCGCGGCGGUCAGGCGCGCGGGGAUCGGGGAUGGCAGGUAGGAGGAGUAGGAGCUCGGGAGGAGGCGGCGCGCGUGGACUGCUACGGUCUUAGGACCUGUUUAGAUCUAUAAAAUUUACACCUAAAAACAUCACAUUGAAUGUUUGAACACAUGCAUGAAAUAUUAAAUAAAAUCUACUUACAAAA